GCCGCUCCGCUACCUCCCCCAUAGACAUCCCAGAAUGCAAUGCGCCUAACGGGCCGUAAGGAUUUUUCUGUGCCGGCUAAAUCGAGCAAAGCAUCUUGGGACAUGUAGUCUUUACAGUUAAUUUCCCUAGGUCCUUCGCGUUGCUGUUUUGAGUCCCGCCUAUUCUCUGCUCCCCUAAACCUUUACACAUGUCUUGGUUUAUUUGAAGACCAGGAAGUUAUCUCUCGAGGUCGGCUGCGGAAAGACGGUGGCUCGGUUGGGACAGUCGCCAGGGAUGGCGGAACGUGAGGAUGGAGCGAGUGUCUGGGCUGCUCUCCUGGACGCUGAGCAGGGUCCUAUGGCUCUCAGGCUUUUCUGAGCACGGAGCUGCCUGGCAGCCCCGGAUCAUGGAAGAGAAAGCGCUUGAAGUUUAUGAUUUGAUUCGAACUAUCCGGGACCCAGAAAAGCCCAAUACUUUAGAAGAACUGGAAGUGGUCACAGAGAGUUGUGUGGAGGUUCAAGAAAUACACGAAGAUGACUAUUUGGUUAUCAUCAAGUUCACACCAACAGUACCUCAUUGCUCUUUGGCAACGCUUAUUGGACUGUGCUUAAGAGUGAAGCUCCAGCGGUGUCUGCCAUUCAAACACAAGUUGGAAAUCUACAUUUCUGAAGGAACUCACUCUACAGAAGACGACAUCAACAAGCAGAUAAAUGACAAAGAGCGAGUGGCAGCUGCAAUGGAGAACCCCAACCUCCGGGAAAUUGUGGAACAGUGUGUCCUCGAGCCGGACUGACCCCUUCCUAAGAGCCAGUGGCCUGGAAGCACUGGAUCUGCUUGUUUAAAUCCUUUGUAAAAUGUAGAGGACACAUGUCGACUAUAUAGAUGAUUUGUACCUCAAAGCUUUUUUUGUUUUUUGUUUUUUGUUUUUUUGUUUUUUUUUUUUAAGACAGGGUUUCUCUGUGUAGCUCUGGCUGUCCUGGAACUUGUUCUCUUGACCAGGCUGGCCUUGAACUCAGAAAUCCACCUGGCUCUGCCUCCCAAAUGCUGGGAUUAAAGGUGUGCGUCACCACUGGCUGGCCUACAGAGCAUUUUUUAAGAUGAUUCUUUCUGAGCAGAUUUCAGUUAUGAGGUAGAUUCUAAUUGUUCAGUGAGUAACAUUCUCAGGAUUUCUAACUCAAGUGACCAGACGGAAAAAUAUUUUCUAGUUAUUAUGUGUAAAAUGUUACUAUUUUUCUGAUGACCAUUCUGAUACAACUGCUUUUCAUGUUAAAAUAUCUACUGUGCCCAAAUGUAUUUGAUUUAAAUCAUUCUAAAAUAAAUAUGACAGAUGAUUCUUA